AUGCUAGACUUUUACCUCAUUAUCCAUUUUCUUCUUCCAGUGAUACAAUGUCUCAUCGGAGUUUUAGCAAAUGGCAUCAUUGUGAUUGUGAAUGGCAUUGAGUUGAUCAAGCAGAGAAAGAUGAUUCCGUUGGAUCUCCUUCUUUCCUGCCUGGCGAUUUCCAGGAUUUGUCUGCAGUCAUUUAUCUUCUACAUUAAUCUGGUUACUCUCUCCUUGAUCGACUUCCUUCCACUUGUUAAGAAUUUUGCGGUAUUCAUGUUUGUAAAUGAAAUGGGACUUUGGCUGGCCACAUGGCUCGGCGUUUUCUACUGCGCCAAGAUCUCCCCCAUCGCUCACCCACUCUUCUUCUGGUUGAAGAUGAGGAUAUCCAAGUUGGUGCCAUGGCUGAUCAUCGGGUCUCUGCUUUUUGCCUCCGUCCCUUUGGUUUUCUACAGCAAGCAUACGUGGGUUCUUUCCCAAGAAGUCUUGUUGAGACUUUUCUCCCCAAAUGCAACAACUCAACUCAGAGAAACAUCUGAUUUACAGAUUGUCUUUCUUGCUAGGUUUUCACCGCCGUUCGUUAUCUUCCUCAUUUCUACUCUGCUCCUGGUGUUUUCUCUGGGGAGACAUACCUGGCAGAUGAGAAACACAGCGACGGGCACCAGGGACAGUAGCACAGGUGUCCAUGUGAGUGCGCUUCUGUCCAUUCUGUCCUUCUUGGUCCUCUAUCUCUCCCACUACAUGACGGCUGCUUUGCUCUCUUCUCACAUUUUUGAGCUCAGAAGCUUCAUGUUUCUGUUCUGUAUCUUGGUGUUUGGGUCCUACCCUUCGGGACACUCUAUUAUCUUAAUUUCGGGAAAUCCUAAACUGAAACAAAAUGCGAAGAAGUUCCUCCUCCAUGGGCAGUGCUGCCAGUGA